UUUUAUUUUUAAUUUUUCCUAACACUGCAUAACACGACAGGUUCAAAAUGACACGGAUUGUUUUGCGCCAAUGUUAAAGUUACGAUAAAUCGGGGAUUCUGGAACAUAUUCUCAGCAUUGACGUUUCCAGAUGGAAAAUCUGCAGAAAUCUGAUAUUGAGAAUCUUCCUUGUGAAGAACUGGAAGACACACAAACAGCGAGAAAAUGCAGCCACCAAAGUGACGCACCAAUAUGUAUGAAAUGUAUUUUGUCGAGUAAAUUCCAAGACUCCCACCUAGAAAUUCUCUCCGAUAUAUGCGAUUCACUUAGUGGCUCGAAGAAAGAUAAAAUACGGAGAGAUCUAGUGGAUUUGGAAGAAAACAUUGGUCCCCUUUAUGAUUCUAAUUUAGGUGAAGUUGAAGCCUUGCUGUCGACAGUUAUCCAAAAACACAAAGAAAGGAAACACGUCAUAUUGGAUUUGGGAGAUGAACUGCAUAAAGUGGUUGACCUCGUCAUCAACAGAUAUCUGUCCGAAACGGGAAAGAUGGAAAAGGACGACAUAGAGUUUGUCCAAUCUCUAAAAUCCAAAUGGAAAACGUCAGGAUCCGAAAUAAAAGCCACAAUUAAAGAGUACCGCGGAUUUCUAGCAACAGAAAAUAACAAAAAGUUAGCCAAGUACCAAUCAAGGAACGCGCAAUUCAGAGAGAUGCCGUCCCGGUACGAGGUUUCCGUUACUGGGUUCCAGCCACAUCAUCUCACCGAGGACCGCUUGUACCAAAUGAUUGGAUCUCCAUCUCCCUCUGUUAAAACGGAAAUAAAAGCUAAAGUAAACGGUGUUUCUGAUCCGGAAUCUGCAUCUCCCAGCACUGGUUCUGACGUAAUAAAUCCCAAAGCCAACAAAGAGAGUAGCGGUCCAUUGAAAUCAAAAGCAGAUAGAAUGUCUGAGCUGAAUGACCUGAUGGAUUCUAUUUCACAGACGGCAAAAGAGCUCAAUAAAGUAGCGCUGGAAAUGAGCCCAAAGGUCACCAGAAAACUAGCUAUUCCUAAGGAAUUUUGUUCAAAAAUUCCUAGUAACGCUAGCCCAGCAGGUACAAGUUCAAACGCUGUAUCUAGGGUAAAAUACCCAGCGGAAUCAAAACCAAAGUCUGCCACAAACCUGAAUGGUAUCGAGGAAUGCAUUCCAAAGGCCUCAAAACAGCUUAGCAGUCACGUGACCCCCAGCAAAGAAACCCCAACACAGAUCAACGGGAAUUUAGAUGUUGAAUCAAGCUCAAAAGUGAAGUCGGAAACUACGGUUUCUAUCCAAAGAAGUCUGCAAAUAGAUAUCGAUAUUCCUAUUCAAUCCAAGUUAAAACCAUCAAAACAGCCUAACACUGAAACAGAAACUAAACCUAAAGGCAGUACGGAGUUAGGCAGUCCUGAUACUAAACCCAAAGUCACCACAGAGUUAGGCAGCCUUGAUACUAAACCCAAAGUCACCACCGAGUUAGGCAGUCCUGAUAUUAAACCCAAAGUCAGUACGGAGUUAGGCAGCCCUGAUACUAAACCCAAAGUCAGUACGGAGUUAGGCAGUCCUGAUACUAAACCCAAAGUCACCACCGAGUUAGGCAGUCCUGAUAUUAAACCCAAAGUCAGUACGGAGUUAGGCAGCCCUGAUACUAAACCCAAAGUCAGUACGGAGUUAGGCAGUCCUGAUACUAAACCCAAAGUCAACACGGAGUUAGGCAGCCCUGAUACUAAACCCAAAGUCAUCACGGCAUUGGGCAGCCCUGGGGAAUACUCGAAAGUUACUACGAUGCUAAAUGUUCCUUUAAUGUUCAGUUCGAAAGCCACAGCAGAGCUCAACAAAGCAAGUGAUACAAAAUCCGGCUCCAACACCCCGGGAGAGUUAAAUGAUUUGACGAAGGCAAGCUCAAGUGUCAUUAAAGACAGAAAAAACGAGGCGAGAUCAAGUUCAAACAUUACAUCGGAACUCACCAGCCCAGUGAAACCUAGCCUGCAAAUUACAACAGAUGUCAGAAGUAUUACAGGAUCUAAAGGUUCGAUGGACUCCGGUCCCAAACCUGUAACAGAACUUAGCAGUUCUACAGAAUCAAAUAGCCCCCCAAAAUCGAGUUCUAACCCCAGAACAGAGUUUAUCAGUACUUUAGAAUCAACUACAAAGACUAAAACUGAAGAUGGCGAUUCUAAGGAAUCAAAAAGUCCGGUAGAAGCAAAAACUAUAAGCACUUCUUCAGAAAGUUGCUCAGAGACAAGCAAAGGUCAUAGUGACGAAGAAACAAGCCAGUUUUCAGAUAUACCCAAAGUAACAGAUGUGUAUGAAGCCGGAUAUACCUACACUUACAAGAUUUCCUGUGCGAUGAGCACGAAUCAGAUUUUUGUCUGUGGAAAUACUAAAGUAAUAAAACAAAUGAACUCAAUGGGAACUUUCGUGGAAAAAGCCGACUCUGAAUCUGGGAAUCCUCCAUUUGAUCUGGCGCUAACCAGAGACGCACAGCUGUUGUACAGCGAUCAUAAUGCAAAAUGCAUCAAUUUGGUGAAGAGCAACGGCGAGAUAGAACGGGUCAUCCAACUAGAGAAAUGGUACCCGAUGGCCAUAUGCAGCACCUCGGCCAAUGACAUUUUGGUCAGCAUGGAAUCCGAUAAUCUUGCAAUGAGUAAGGUUGUUCGUUACUCAGGACCAACAAUCAAACAAGAGAUUCAAUUCGAUGUCAAAGGCGAGAAGCUUUAUUGCAGGGCAGACUUCAUUGACGAAAACAAAAACCUUGAUGUGGUUGUGUCGGACUUGGGAGCCCGACGCAUUGUGGUGGUCGACAAAUAUGGCAUUUUUAGGUUCAAUUACACGGGGAAUCUCCAAUCGAAAAGGUUUAAAAAUUUCGGCUGCACUGGAGUAACAACCACCAGCAGACAGCACGUCAUUGUUGCAGACGAAUACAAUGAUGUGCUGCACGUUAUUGACAGUGAUGGUCAGUUCCUUAUGUACAUAGACAGUUGUAAGUUACAACGACCUGGGAGUUUGUGCACGGAUAGCGAGGACAUGUUGUACGUCACAGAACCCGUGGCCAACAAAGUGAAGAAAAUCAAGCUCUAUAAAUAAAUCAAUGUGCCAUGCGUCUUUGUAUAUAUGCCAGAACAGGAUACGUGUUAGGAAAAAACUUAACCGUAGCAAGGUCAUGCAGUGUAUACAGUGAGGAGUAAAUGCUUUGUCUGCAGAAUGGGAAAAUGACAAGUGAUAGGGGAUGGAAUAUUAAUCUAGUCAUUUAUGAACUAAAAACCAAUUCAGAGUGAAAACUGAACUUGAUGACAUUUUAUGAAUAUGUAACGUCUGGCAGAUUAUAGUGUGACCAGGAAAUUUAGAAGGCUUGUCGUCUGCCAUGUCUGCAGUGGCGUGACAGAAGAACAUUGAUGUGAUUGAUGUUCUUUAUGUGUUCCAGUCAUUUUAACCGGAGAAAGAUGAUUUUACCGCACACACAACUGAUAAUAUUCCAGAAUCCUGUACAAUGACAAAGUUAAUGAAAUCACCCCGUUGUAUUUGUUUAGGGCUUCGUAAGCAGUUCGUGUAUACGUUAUCCUAGAUUGACUACCGUAUGUAAAAUAAAACAACGUUUUAACAAAUUAAAAAUAAGCAUUUCCUGUCUCUCGUAAAUGACAUGCACUUUGCGGUUUUUCUUGAUUUUACAAUUUAUUUCAAUUUGUCU